AUGAAAAAUACAUCAAUAGAAUCACGUCAAAGCGUUCUAAGCAUGGCGAUUGCCGGACUUAGGUUGUGCGGGAUUUGGAGCCUGGAUUCAUCGAGCCCGAUUUUCCUAAAACUUCUACAUAAAAUUUCAAACAUUUUUGGCAUCAUUGCGCUAAUUAUUUUUGUGGGAACUUUAACUACAGAUCUGAUACUUAAUUCUAACGACCUUCUGAUUGCCACCGAUGAUGGAUGUUACCUCGCUGGAAUAUCUGUAAUAGUAUUCAAAGUAUACAAAUUUCACCGUCUUCACAAAAAAAUAAAAAAUCUCACUGACGCAACUUAUCGACCGAUUUAUGUAUUUUGGAAGUCUACAGAUAUUGGAGUAAAAACGGUUUUGAAGACUAAUAAAUUUUAUGAAGAUCUUGGAUUCACAUUUUUUGUAACUCUCGGCGGACUUUUGGUUAUUGCAUUGAUUUUUUUCGUGCCAAAACAAGAAGGAGCUCUGCCAAUACGAGGAGUUUAUCCAUUUAAUACAACAAUAUCACCGAUGCACGAACUAGCAUUCACUUUGCAAAUUUACGCCGUGGCUUAUGGUCUUAUGGCUAUUUUGAUGAUGGACACAGUCGGCUUAGGAAUUAUGAGAUGGUUAAAUGUCCAAUGCAUUCUCCUCGCGUCGAAUUAUCGAAAUUGUCGGAUUAAUAAAAAUGAAUUAGUUUAUUCAGAAUCUCACGAUAAUUCAUUAAUGAUUGUAUCGAUUGACGAAAAUAACAAUAAUAAUGCUGGUUAUGAUGAAACAGAAUCAAAUAUAACGACAUUUUGUCCAUUCAGCGAACAAGAUACCGCGGGAAUCAGCGAUUGUUUUGUCGGGAGGUUUAAAAGAUGCAUAAAAAAUCAUCAACAGCUUUUAAAUACUAUUGACGAACUAAACGAAUGCUUCAGUAGCAGUAUGUUGAUGCAAUUGUUUGCGAGUUUUUCAAUGAUUUGCUUGACUGGUUUUCAGGCCGUUCUAGGCGCAACAACAAAAACGAGUUUAAUAAAAUUCGUUCUCUAUUUGGGAGCAGCAUUUUCCCAAUUGCUUUACUGGUGUUGGUUUGGAAAUGAAUUGCUAUAUGAAAAAGUAACAUUACUAACAUCUCAAUGGACAUCUGGUUGGGAAAAUGAACUUGAUUCGAAUAUUCAGCCGCUGUUAAUAGUGUCUAUGAUCAAAACAAUGAGACCAUUGGAAUUACACGCCGGUGCAUUUUUUAUCAUGUCCAUGGAAACAUUUAUUUCUAUCAUUAAGAGUUCUUAUUCGUUCUUCGCUCUACUGACAACAAUGACUGACUGA